UAACAUAUGCCGUCGCAGUGCUUUGGUUCGCGUCCAUUUACUAAACAACAUACAUCGCGGGAAAAGAAUUCGUGCAAAAACUCAAGGAAAUAAACAACAAUUUUGUGCAAAUCUAAAGAAAAUUUUUUCACAUAAAUAACUAAAAAAGUUAAGAACAAAAGUAUUUAAUAAUUAAAAGCAAUUAAACUAAAAAAAGAGGACGGAAAAACCCAAGCGUUCAAUAGCUGUAAGAAUUUUGUUUGUAUGUGUUGGGAUUUUCACACAUGCGGUGUCUCGUUGAAAAGUGAAGAUAUUUCUAAAGUUUUAGAUUAUUUUAUUACAACAAAUAAACGUUUACAAAAGUUGUGUUUAAUUUAAGUGUUGCUGCUUGCGUUUUGCAAAGCAAUUAAUGCCCAACCAAUAUGGAUUUGGCAAAUUUAGACAAAAUGAAGGUGGUCGAUCUGCGUAAUGAGUUGCAGACGCGUGGCCUGGAUACCAAAGGUGUUAAAGCUGUUUUGAUAGAACGUUUACGCGCCCAUUUGGAAGGAGGCGUGCCUCCUUCCCCGGGCACACCUGGUCGUCGUAGUCGUCGUACUAGAUCUAUGACCAGAUCACCCUCACCAUCCCCCGUGAAAAAGGCUCCAGAGCCGGCUUUGGAAACCUUGGAAGAGGAAAGUAAUACAGCUAUUGCUCCAGUUGCCGAAGAUGACGCUGGAAAAGAAGAGAAAUUCUCUACGCCAGAGAAAUUACAAAGCCUACCACCAAAAGAAUGUACACCCAAGGAGGAGAAAGAAGAGAAUACGAAUAAUAAUUCUCAUAAAGAAGAAAGCUUUGAAAGUGCUGAAGAGGUGACUGCAGCGCCAGAGGUAGAAACCGAAGAGCAAACUAAUGGAGAUGAAGCUGAAGUAGCUGAAACAGCAGAAGCUGAAGAUGAAUCUUCGAAAGAAAAAGAAGAACAAAAUGCUAAAUUAGAGGAAAAUAUUAAAAAUGAAGAAAAAUUAGAAGAACAAAAUGCUAAAGUAGAGGAAAAUAUUGAAAAUAAUGAGGAAAAAGAAGAUGUUAAACAAGAAGAAGAACAAGUUGAGGAAAAUAAUAAAUCUCUUAAAGAGUCUAGCAAUCAUAAUGAUAAUCAAGAUGAAAAAGAGCACUCAGAAGUUAAUCAGGAAGAGGAAAUUUCACCCUCCUCCAAAAAUAAAUCUCUUAGGGAACGUUCUCGUAGUCAUUCCAUGGAACGUCGUGAACGUCAUAAUCGUUCACGAUCAGAUUCAAACCAUUCAAGAUCACGCUCACGUUCACCACGACAUAAAUCAAAGUCACGCUCACGUACCCGAUCUCGUUCACGUUCACGCACACCCAAACGUCGCAGUGGUGCCGGCAGCUUGGGCAGUCCUUCGAAAACCAGUGAAGAUGCUAGUACCCCUGAAGAUGAACCCACUAUUGAAGACAAUCAAUUUGGUUUAAGUUGGUUCGACUCCGAUUUACACUUACGCAUUGAUCCGGUUACCUUCACCUCUGCCAAGCCUAUGAGUCAUGAUAUAUAUGCCUUAGUUUGGUCUGGUGCUCGCACCAACUAUGGUGUACGCGAGGGCAAGGUUUGCUUUGAAGUACGUUUAUCGGAAGAAACUAAUCUUAAUCGUGAUCAUCCCUUCCGUGAUGAACCUUAUACGAAAGGUUUUCGUGUAGGCUUUUCCAUGCCCUCCAGCAAUUUAUUAUUGGGUGAAUCCGAAAAUUCAUUUGCUUACUGUGAAUCUGGACGCAAAGCUACUAAGGGAGAAUUUGUUGAUUUCGCCAAGCCCUUUCAAUUGGAUGAUGUUAUUGGAUGUUAUUUGGAUUUGGAGAGCACACCUUGCAAUAUAAAAUACACUUUAAAUGGUGAAGAUUUGGGUGUUGCUUUUGAAUUUGAUAAAGACAUAUUGGGUGAGGAUCAGGCACUAUUUCCUCAUGUAUUGACUAAAGGUUAUGAAUAUGAAAUAAAUUUGGCCGAUAAUGAUAAUCUAUUGGUUAAUAAGGAGCGUAAAAUGCGCAAGAGACGUAAAGUCAAGAAGGUGGAGGAGAAAAAGCCUGAAGAAGACGAAAAGCAUGAAGGUGCUCCAAAGGAAGAGCAUGAAAAGAUGGAUGAAGGAUCACAGGCGGAUGAAAGCGAAGAAGCUAAAAAGGAGGAGAAGGAAAAAUCCCAUGAAGAUUCUAAAGAUGAAGAAUCAAAAUCAACAGAAGAGGAAGAGAACAAUGAAAAUAAAAAGGAACAAGAAACCACAAAACAAGAUGAAGAAAUGCCGGAAAAAUCCGAAGAACAAGAAACUAAAUCGGAACAAGAAGAAACCAAAACCUCAGAUGAUGAACAAAAACAACAGCAUUCCCCUGCUAAUAAAACAGACCAGGAGAAGUCUGAGGAAGAGCACAAAGAAAACAAUGAUCAAAAAAUUGCUGAAGAGAAAUCUGCUCAAAAGGAUAAAGAUGAUUGUGGUCCCUCACCGUCGAAACGACAAAAAUUGGAAAGCCCACAAGAAGAGGAUGAAUAUGAAGAUAUACAUCCAGAGCCACGUGAACAUAUGGCACUAUUAGAGGGUUAUGAAUUGAUUGCUUUAAUUGCAGAAGAAAAAUAUAUACCAGGACCACAACGACCAGAAAAUCGCAGUGCUUGUGAGGUUAUUCUCAUGGUUGGGCUACCAGGUGCUGGUAAAACUACUUGGGUUUUAAAUCAUAUCAAAGAGAAUCCCGAUAAACGUUAUCAUGUUAUUGGUGCUGAUGCUUUAAUUGCAAAAAUGACGAUUGAUGGAGCUCCACGUAAAACCGUUCAUAAAGGACGUUUCGACCGUAUCUAUGAAUUAUGUUUCAAUGUUUUAACAUCUCUAGAGGAUAUAGCUGUAAAACGUCGUCGUAAUUUUAUAUUGGAUCAGGCGAAUGCAUAUGCCUCUGCUCAGCGACGUAAAAUGAAAGGUUUUGCUGAAUUUAAACGUAUUGCUGUUGUUUGUAUACCAAAUGAAGAAGAACUUAAACGUCGUCUGGAUGAUAAAAAGGAAAAAGGAAAUGCAUAUACAUUGAAAGAAUCAACUUUAAAUACUUUACAAGCUGCUUUCACUUUACCUUCAUUGGAAUUUGGCUGGUUUGAUGAUAUAAUCUUUACGGAUCUAAGCAGCGAUGAAGCCAAAGAAGAAGUCAAGAAAUACAAUGAAAAGGGUAAAAAAGCUUUAGAUAAAGCUAGCGAUAAGCGACAACGUCGUGACAAUUAUCGUAAUGAUAAUCGUCGUCGUCAAGAUGAUCGUCGUCGUCAUGAUAAUCGUAAUGAUAAUCGUUGGAAUGAUAGACGUAUGGGCGGUGGAGGAGGUGGUGGCUAUCAUCAUGGCGGUGGUAGUGGUGGCGGUAAUAGAUGGGGUGGAGCAGGUGGUGGUGGCGGCGGCUACCGUAAUAAUGCCGGUGGUGGCUAUAGAGAUGAUCGUGGUUAUGGUCACGGUCACGGUGGUGGCGGCGGUGGUGGUCGUGGUUAUGAUCAUCGUCAACAACGCUAUAGCAGUGGUCCACAGAAUUGGGUUCAAAAUAAUCGUAAUCGUUAUGAUGAUCGUAAUAAUCGUUAUAGCAGUGGUGGUGGUGGCGGUGGUAGCGGUCGUUAUGAUUCUUAUGGCGGCGGUGGUGGUUCCCGUGAUUACCGCAGUGGAGGUGGAGAUCAUAGAGAUCAUCGUGAUCACCGUAACAGAGGUGGUAGCGGUGGUGGCGGUAGUGGUGGUAGUAGUAAUCGUCGUGAUGGUGGUAGCGGUGGUCAUCGCUCUGGUGGCAGCAGCAGCACUCAACAACGGGAUUUUCGGCCUGGCCACCGCGACACUCGCGAAGAUAGUCGCGGUGGCUCAAACGCUACCUCAACAACAGCAACUUCAUCUAAGUAUAAGUCAAGCUCUGUUGCUGGUGGCAAUAAUAAUGGAGGCUAUGAUAAAUAUAAUAAAAAUCAGCCUCAAGCUAAUAACUGGUCACAAUAUCAACCACAUCAAGUUGGACCAGUUCAACAACAACAACAGCAAGCACAGUACUGGAACUAUGAUAUGCAAGGUUAUGGUAACCAGCAGCAACAACAAUGGCAAUCAAUGGAUCCUCAACAACAGCAACAAUGGAUGCAAUGGUGGCAGCAACAGGGCAGUGCCCAACAACAACAGGCUGUUGGCGGUGCUACAACAGAUGCCAAUCAACAAUAUUGGUCACAAUAUUCUUAUAGUACUGCAAAUGAUGCUUCUAAAAAAUAAUUAUGAAGCAUUCCAUUUCUAGUUCUUUUUUUCUUCUAAUGUUUAAUCACAUUAUUAUACAUAUAGUUAUACAUACAUACACAAAAAUCAAGUACAACCAAAUCUUAUUAACACACUCACUUCUUCUAACACAAUAGAAAAGUACACCACAGAAAACCAAAAAGAAGGAGGAGGAAGUAACUUUAACAAACUUUCUUCUCAUUUCUUUAUUUUAAAUCUAAUUUUAUACUUAAAGUUAAUACAAUUUAACAAAUGUGCGAAACACUUAAAGAAAACAAUUUACAAAGUUUUAUUAUUUUCCCUCCCUAAAACAAAAUCCCAAAA